AUGUCGACACACAGCGGCGAAGGUGGGCAGUUCAAGCCUGUCCAAGAAAGACAGUCUCAAAAUCUUCCGGGGACUGAGCAGGCGCUGAAGCCGACCAGCGAAGCUACUUCACUCGAAGGUGCCGAGGGUUUUGUCGAGUAUGUUCCAGCUGGGAAAUUGAAAGGCAAGAAUGCUUUGAUCACGGGUGGCGAUUCGGGCAUUGGCCGUUCAGUCGCCAUACUCUUCGCCCGUGAAGGUGCCGAUGUGGCUAUCGUUUACCUGCCGGAGGAAAAGCUAGAUGCCCAAGAUACCCAGAAAUAUGUUGAGAAAGAAGGAAAGGAGUGUUUGCUCAUUCCAGGAAAUUUGAUGGACAACCAAACCUGUAGAGAGGCUGUGGAAAAGCAUGUCGAAAGGUUCGGACGCAUUGAUAUCCUUGUCAACAAUGCCUCGAAACAGAUUAUUUGCAAAGAUUUUGACAAGAUCAACCUCGAUAGUGUGGAGAGUACUUUUCGAAGCAACAUUCUUCAAAUGUUUGCCGUUACCAAGUAUGCUCUCCCGCACAUGAAAAAGGGUUCAUCGAUCAUUAAUACCACGUCUACCGUUGCAUUCCGCGGUUCUGCUGCCAUGGUCGACUAUUCCGCCAGUAAAGGGGCUAUCGUCUCAUUUACUCGCUCCCUAGCAAAAAACCUUACUCCUAAAGGCAUCCGAGUGAACGCAGUCGCACCUGGGCCAGUCCACACGCCGCUUCAACCCGCUUCCCGGCCUCCUGAGCAAAUGGAAGGGUUCGGUGAGCACUCUCAGAUAGGCAGACCAGGCCAGCCCAGCGAGAUUUCACCGAGCUUUGUGUUUCUGGCUUCGAAGGACAGCGAAUUGUACUACGGGCAGAUUCUACACGCAUAUCCGCUGGGUGAUUAA